AUGUCGCUCUCCAAAGGCAAGAGAAAAGUGGAUGACGAACACAGACAAUUCCAAGAAAGGUGGACGUCACAGUAUUUUUUUCGUGAGUUCGGUGGAAAUGGCAUUUGCCUAAUAUGUAAAGAGAAAGUUGCCGUUCUGAAGGAAUAUAAUCUCAAGCGACAUUACACGACUAAACACGGAGAGCAGUAUGAUAAAUACAGCAGAGACGACAGGAAAAGGCGAGCCGAGCAGCUACAAAAAGGACUGUUAUCCCAGCAAGAACUGUUCCACAAAGCUGCUAAGGAUGCAGAUGCUGCCCUGGAAGCAAGUUACGUGGUCAGCGAAUUAAUCGCGAAGGCGGGAAAGCCAUUCACUGAGGGUCAGUUUCUGAAGGACUGCAUGCUACGAGUUGCUGAUAUUCUGUGUCCCGAAAAGAAAAGCCUGUUCAACAACUUUUCGUUGUCGGCAAAUACUGUGGCAGAGCGGAUUAAUGGACUUUCAGGUAAUAUCUAUGAACAGUUACGGGACAAAGCAAAACGCUUCACUGCAUUCUCUGUGGCACUUGACGAAAGUACCGAUGCAACCGACAAAGCUCAGCUUGCAAUUUUCAUCAGGGGAGUGGAUGACAGGUUUGAAGUGACAGAAGAGUUGCUGAGUGUGUGUCCGAUGCAUGGCCACACUAAAGCGAAAGAUAUAUUUCAGCAACUGUGUGACGCAAUGGAGCGGCUUGGUCUGCCCUGGAACAGAUUGGUGGGAAUUACAACCGACGGCGCACCGUCGAUGACCGGGAAAAAAAACGGACUGGUUGCGCUGGUUCAGAGAAAGUUAGAGGAGGAGAACUCAGACCCAGCGAUCGCCCUGCACUGCAUCAUACACCAGCACGCGCUGUCCAGCAAAUGUUUGAAAUUUGAACACGUCAUGUCUGUCGUCGUCAAGUGUGUGAAUUACAUCAAGUCCAGAGGAUUACAGCACCGCCAGUUCCGGGCUUUUUUGGAAGAAAUCGAAGCAUCGUAUGGUGAUGUACUGUAUUUUACUGAGGUUCGCUGGCUCAGCAGAGGGAAUGUGCUGAGGAGAUUUUUUGAGCUAAGAGCUGAAAUUAAGAAAUUCAUGGAGGACGGCAGACUGGAUGUUCGUGAACUAGAUGAUCCAAAGUGGGUAAUGGAUCUGGCAUUCCUUGUGGAUAUAACACAACAACUAAACAUCCUGAACUUAAAGCUGCAGGGUCCUGGUCAGCUCAUCACAACAGCCUAUGACAGCGUGAAGGCCUUCUGCACAAAACUGAGACUGUGGAAAGCUCAACUGUCUGCAAAAAACCUCUGCCAUUUCUCUGCAUGCAGAUCAUUGGCAGAAGAGGGAACAGUAUUCGAAGGUGAUGAAUAUGUCUCUGCUAUUGAAAACCUGCAGCAAGAGUUUGAUGAGCGAUUUGCAGAUUUCAAGGCUCACAGUGACACUUUCCAGCUGUUUGCAGACCCCUUCUCAGCUGACGUGGAGAGUGUCCCCAGCAUGUUGCAAACUGAACUUAUUGACUUACAGUGCAACAGUGAGCUGAAAACUAAAUUCAGAGAGGCACAGGGAAAAGCAGACAAGACUGGUGAGUUCCUCAGAGAGCUGCCCCCAUCAUUCCCAGAGCUGUCCAGAGUUUUCAGUCAUGUUAUGUGUCUUUUUGGAAGCACAUAUGUGUGUGAGAAACUGUUCUCUGCAAUGAACUUUAAUAAAAGCAAGUACAGAACGAGGCUUACAGAUGCCCAUCUUGAGUCUGUACUCAGAGUUUCGACUGCAACGUCCAUCAGCGUAAAUGUAGCUCAGCUCUGUGAACAAAAGCGCUCGCAGGUAUCCAGCAAGAAAUAA